AUGUUGAAAGCGUCUACAUCAAUGAGUCGUCCUCUCGACAAAAGGCUCGAUAAGCAAUCCGACAGUCAAGAACUUUUUAAAGCCGGGUCGACAUUCGCACCAAGAAUCCAAUCUAACAAUCAAAUUAGUACGGAUAACGAAAGCGAAGUAAGAAAACCUUCAGAUUCUGAAAAAGAGGAACAGACAAAAGCAGAAAAAAAUGGCCUUAAAUCUAAGGCUUGGAAACCCGUCGCCGAAGGGGAAGCAAAUGGUGACGUAAUUAAAGAGUCUAAUGGCACAACAAUACAACAUACUAGCAGUGAUUCUCCGGACAACAAAAUAUCGGAUAAAUUGGAUAGCCCAACGUCCUCUUCAACGCCCAACGAUUCAUCCGAAAUUAGUUCGCUAUCAGAAUCUCCAUCCUUAUUGCAUGAUGAUCCAAAGCUUAAAAUUUCUAACAUCACCGCUACUAGCAUCACAUCUGAGGAUGAAUCAUCGUCGAAAAUGGAUGCAUUAGAAAAUAAUCGAAUGUGCAAAAAAAGACGUUGGGAUGAGCGUGACCAAAACGAAAAUGAAGACGACGUUGAAGUCCAAGAAGAUUUAAAAAAGAUUGAAAUAGACUUUGUACAACUGAGAGAUCAACUUUAUCGUGAACAAAUCCAAGAACUUGAUAAAGAAAUUGCGGAAAUAAAACAAGAUGAUUUGGAAAACCGUCGAUUUAAGUUGAUAAGAGAAAAGAAUAAUCUUGAUGAUUAUUCACGCAUUGAUCCAUUGCAUGCUGUUGACAUUGACGAAGAUUUUGCAUUGAUGGGGUAUCCUGAUGUAAGUUCAUCGGGAGAUCGGUUUUUGCAUUUGGGGCAAUCAUUCAAAAAAGGAGACGCUGUUCUCGUAAUCGAUUCUACGUCUGGUCGAUAUACUGCCAAAUUUUUGGCUGCAACAGAUUCAGAG